UGGUCUUUCGGUUAGGUAAUAGAUUAGCCCCCUCCUUUAUAACCAGUCCAAAAAUCGUCUGGUCCGCCCCUUUUGAGGUAAACAUAUCAAAAGCACCUUGAGAAAUAUAAACAUCAGAACAUGCAUUAUUAAAUGCACUCAUAAGAGAAGCACCAUUAUUUAUGAAUUAUAAGUCAUCAUGGAAGGAAUAAAUUACGAAAGUGUGGAUAACUCAGUUGACAACUCUGAAACUUGGAAAAUAACCUCACAAACAGACGGUUCUAUUCGUUUGAAUGAAAUAUUACAUACCGAUGAUACAUCGAAAGUAUCUAAUACCAAGAGUGGGGAGAGAUACCUCGAGAAUAAACCCCGAGACAACGAAAAUGCUCGUGCUAAUGGUGCGAUUGCUACGCCGAAGAAUGAUGACAUUGAUGAGCAUAUCAAUGACGACACCCUGGCAAUUGAAGAGAAUGUUCAUAGUUUAAGCAAAGAUGAAACAAAGUCUGGUGGAACUAUUAACCAUAGAAGGCAACAUAAGAAGACAGAAAAAUUCACCAUUACGUGACUUCUAUAUCUAGCAACAGCUGUGGCGGGUAUGGCGGCAACCCUUAUAGGACCAACUUUACUUGACCUGAAAGACCAAUUGGGAGUCAGUACAGCUCAAAUGUCGUUCUCAUUCGCCUUUUACUCGGGAGGCUUCGCACUCGGGGGUCUUAUUACAGGAUUCAUGGCGGGCAAAUGCAAUGUGAACCCCACAUUGCAACUAGCACUGUUUUUGAGCAUGGGUGCAGGAUUUACUAUAGCAAUUCCUUGGCUUGGCAAUAUCUGGCUCGUGCUGGUGUUUUUCAGCUUAAAUGGUAUAACAUUUGGGGUAAUCGAAGCAGUAAGCAGUGCUCUCGUGAUAAAAACUUGGAGUUCCAAUUCAGGGCCGUAUAUCCAAGUUUUCUGCUUAUCGUUCAAUGUUGGAACGACGUUGACGUCCUUACUAGCUUUACCUUUUGUAUCAGAAGAAUCAAAGUUCAACAUAAGAAAUAACUAUUCAGAUAUGGCUGAUAUUUCACUGACUGUAUCGGAACAAUUUGGAAAGAGAAAUCAUACUUACGGACAACAAGCACCGAGAGAACGUGAAUUCGAGAAUUUAGGUAAUACGACAGAUUUUGGUUUUUCAGGAGUUGGACUUUCAAAUAUGAAGGAAUCUAACAUCGAAUUUGUGUAUCUCAUAAUUGGAUUACUGAGUGCUGCAGUGGGGCUUUCUUUUUUGAUAUUCUACAUACUUACAAAAAUGACAUCAAA